AUGACAAAAUCAGAACAAAAUAUCUAUCUAUCUAUCUAUCUAUCUAAGCUUACUCAUAUCUAUCUAUCAAUCCAAAUUUAUUCAUAUCUAUAUAUCCAAGUAUAUUCAUAUCUAUCUAUCUAUCUAUCUAUCUAUCUAUCUAUUUUGGUCUGCUCCUAUCUAUCAAUGUAUCUAUCUGACUCAUUCUGUUUUUAUCUAUCUAUCUAUCUAUCUAUCUAUCUUCUAUCUAUCUCUCAUUCUGUUCCAAUCUAUUUCAAUAUAUUCAUUAUCUAUGUAGCCAUCUAUCUAUCUAUCUAUCUUUCUAUCUAUCUAUCUAUCUAUCUAUCUAUCUAUCUCAAUAUGAUCAUUAUCUAUGUCAGCAUGUUCAUUAUAUAUAUCUCUUUCUAUCUAUCUCAGUAUGUUCAUUGUCUAUCUAUCUCAGUAUGUUCAUUGUCUAUCUAUCUCUGUAUCUAUUGCAAUAUGUUCAUUAUCUAUCUAUCUAUCUAUCUAUCUCAAUAUGAUCAUUAUCUAUGUCAGCAUGUUCAUUAUAUAUAUCUCUUUCUAUCUAUCUCAGUAUGUUCAUUGUCUAUCUAUCUCAGUAUGUUCAUUGUCUAUCUAUCUCUGUAUCUAUUGCAAUAUGUUCAUUAUCUAUCUAUCUAUCUCAAUAUGAUCAUUAUCUAUGUCAGCAUGUUCAUUAUAUAUAUCUCUUUCUAUCUAUCUCAGUAUGUUCAUUGUCUAUCUAUCUCAGUAUGUUCAUUGUCUAUCUAUCUCUGUAUCUAUUGCAAUAUGUUCAUUAUCUAUCUAUCUAUCUAUCUAUCUAUCUAUCUAUCUAUCUAUCUAUCUAUCUAUCUCAAUAUGAUCAUUAUCUAUGUCAGCAUGUUCAUUAUAUAUAUCUCUUUCUAUCUAUCUCAGUAUGUUCAUUGUCUAUCUAUCUCAGUAUGUUCAUUGUCUAUCUAUCUCUGUAUCUAUUGCAAUAUGUUCAUUAUCUAUCUAUCUAUCUAUCUAUCUAUCUCAAUAUGA